AGAUCAUCUAGCAUUGUUGGACUACAGAAACUUGGCUUGGGACAGUCUCGCUGACUUGAAAGGGUGUGCAAUGAGCCCUAAAUAGAGCAGCCAGAACCAGUAAUGGGGGAUGCACCGUGUCCAGACAUGCAUUUAGAAUAAGUGUCUAGCAUUUAGAAGCUGCCCUUAUGGAGAAAGAAGAUUUUACAGAAAAAUAACAAAAAAUAUUAACAAAUACAGCUAAGCAUUUCAAUUAUAAUCCAAGAAAUGUUGCAAUAUAAAGGACCAUAUUUCUUUGUUAUAAUUGUAGAACUGGUCAUCAUCAUAAUCCUUAUUGGUCACAUAAGCACAGGUCCUGGGACUACACCAAACAUAAACCAUAUUGUGAUUGGACGAUGUUAUGAGUACAUUUCUCUGGUAAACCCUAGUAAUAGAUAUAAAUGUGAAGAGAUAUGGCAUGAAUUUGAGAAAGCAGUGAUCCAGAGAACACCAUGCAGUGUGAGAGUAAAAGAUUAUGAGCAAAUGUUUUAUGCUGCUCCUCAGACUCCUCCCUGUGAUAAACUGCUGUUCUGGAGCAAGACACGAGAGCUGAUGCAGAGCUACCCAGCUGUCACAGGAAGCUUUUGGACCUUGGAAGACACACUGGUGGGAUUUAUGUUCAAGGACCUCAUCUGGUGUGGUCAGAAGGAAAGAGAAUGUGGCUUUGAUUUUCAUUCUUGUCCAGAAUGGUCCAAGUGUGUGAGCCAUCCUGUUUACUCACUCUGGAAAAGAGCAUCUCAAAAUUUUGCUGCAGCAGCCUGUGGAAAUAUUACAGUGCUCUUAAAUGGAUCCAUUGAAAAUGCAUUCGACAGGAACAGCAUGUUUGGGAGUGAAGAGCUGGACAAUUUGAACCCCAGGAUGGUGUCCCAUGUCCACAUUAUUGUUGUUUCAAACUUAGAAGGCCCUUUUGUAGAGUCCUGUUCCAAUGGAUCCAUUCUCAGACUUGUAGGUGUACUGCAAACCCGAGGGUUCCACUGGUCCUGCACAGACAUUGAUGUCUAUUUAUUCUGACAACAAUUAUAACCAUGAUUUUUCUGUGAUUAACCAACAUAUUGUAUACUUAUAUCUGAAACUUGUACUGCACCAAGCCACAUGGAGCAUCUUUAACAGAACCUCACAUACCUGUACAAUACUAUAGAUGCUUUCUUAGCAAACUUGUUCCAAAAGCAACUUGUACCUACGUAAAAAGAUCUCAUUAUCUCUUAUCUGUAUAGCCACUUUCAACAUUAGCAAUUGUAUUCCACUGAACAUACAUUUAUCAUUCCCACAUUUGAGAAUUAUUAUAAAAAUAAAAAUUGAUCUUGCAUUGUAGUCUUAAUUAUACAAGGCUCUGUAUAAUGUUAUUUCACUAUGAACCACUUAUUAAUUAAAUUCUAACUCAAUAAGACUGUAAUGUAGAUUUAUAUGUUUGAUA